AUGCUUUCACUCAAGACAGGGCGCAAUUUGCAUGAGAUCCUCAGACAAGAACGCCUGAAAUAUGAGAUGUCUCGCGCCCACAAAUUCGAAAGUACUGACGGUGUUGGGGCUAAUAUCGAGGAAGAGACGUCCGAAAAGAUGAUCGUGGAUAUCACUGAAAAGAGUGAGAAGCUGGUCUCCCACUUUGGCGAUGUUCUAUCAAAGCGGAGGUCUAUGUUGGAGGUAGAAUUGCGCCAGCAGCCCCUCAAUUCUGUUCGUAUCGCGUCAGUAUCGCCUUCGUCUGCCUGUCAACCAAUUUUCACUUCCGAUCUCGCUAAUACAAUUAAGUACUAUAGUUUUGCCGGUAAACAGGAAGAUUGCAACCGAUGGGUAAACGAGAACCCAGCCAUUAUCGCAAGGCUUCCAAUUCCUCUUCAGUUUUGGGUCACUUCCACGAAGGACUUAAAUGGAUGCUCAAAUGCCAUAUACAACCAUCAUGAUGACGGAACACUUGCAAGUCUCGAUACAUGGUCUUGUUUCAAGCUUAAAGAAGCAAUUAGCAAGAAUGAAUAUGUGUGGCAUCAAAUGACGAUGUUCAUCAGAUGGAGACCGAAAGAACAAAAUACGUUUAUCUUUUGUUCAGACCUCUCUGAAUCGUUGCAAAAGGCAUUGAACCAUCGCAUUUCUGGCAUCGACCCAAGUGACCCGUAUACUUGGCAUGCUGUUUUUUUAGACGAACUUAGGGAGUGCUACGAUGAUUGUGUUUGGAAACUCAGACAUCUAGUCCGUGAAGCUGAGAAGUUUCGAGAUGUGUAUCAACCCAUGGGGCCCGAUUUCCCAAAACUGCACGAUAUUGCAAGACAUGUGAUCCACUCAAAUGAGACUCUUGACGUCGCAAUAGAGACAAUUGACAGCAUUCUUCACGAACAUGAGCUACUUAUCUCACGUGAAGGAAGCACUGGCUCUCACAAAAUACAAAAAAUAAGUGCAGAGGAUGUUACACGACGACUGUACUAUCAUUCCAGGGAAAUUCGUGCUAUUAAAGCACGAUCCGCAUCGCUAUAUGAUCGACUACAGAAUGAAAUUAACCUGGGAUUCAACUCGUCUCACAAACUGACACAGCCGCAAUGA